GCCGCCCGCCGGGGCGCGCAGUCCCGCAGGCCUCGCUCCGGGUCUUCCGAACAGGGGCCGCUGGCUGCUCCUUUGCAGGCUCGCGAGGAGCGGCGCUCGGACCGCCGGAUGGGGAAAACGCCCGUGAGGCCCGGCGGAGCGAGCCCGGAGGAGCUGCCCCUCCCUGCGGGGAGGACGGCCAGAAGGACCGAGCCACCUCCCCUGCCGGGUCCCAUUCACACUUGGGGCGCAGAGGCGGGCUCCCCGGGCUUCCCCUUUAAGGGAGGCGGGGCGCGGCCUGCCGUUUGGCCGUCCCCUCGCGCCCUCCCCGCCAGCCCUGAGCCGGCAGACCAAUCGCCCGGGCGGCGGAGCGAAGGCGGGAGAAUGCGAACCCUUCGGUAGGCGGUAGGGGCGGGCCCCCGCCUUAUUUGGAGCGAGCCGUGCGCAGGCGCAGAGGCAGCCGCGGGCGGAGGGGCGGAGGCAGGCCAGCAGGAGGCUCCCCGUCAGGCACGGAGGGUGCCUGGGGACCGGCGGGCGGCGACGGGCUUGUCAUGGGGAUCCGGGCUGCGAGACGGCACUGGUAGCAUCUGGGGACUCCGAGAGGGACAGGAAGUGUCAGCGCCCGGGACUCCGGCGCCGGCCCCGCCGAGGGGAUCCCGGCUGCUCCGAUCCCGGAGUUUCGCCCCGCCCCUGGGCUGGUGCCGCGGGGGCGGGGAGUGAGGGCUGCUUUGGAGGGGAGUGGAGGUCGGGGAGCGCGGCCGUGCCCUCUCGAGCGGCGGCGGGGUCCCCGCGGCGCCGGGCUGCGGAGCGAAGGGCCCGCGGCGGCCGCGGCCGGUGCACGUACGGCUGCUGGAUGCGGAGGCGGCGGCGGCGGCGCUGAGCGGCAGGAUGUUGGGGCAGCAGCAGCAGCUGUACUCGUCGGCCGCCCUCCUGACCGGGGAGCGGAGCCGCCUGCUCACCUGCUACGUGCAGGACUACCUGGAGUGCGUGGAGUCGCUGCCCCACGACAUGCAGAGGAACGUGUCUGUGCUGCGAGAGCUGGACAACAAAUAUCAAGAAACGUUAAAGGAAAUUGAUGAUGUCUAUGAAAAAUAUAAGAAAGAAGAUGAUUUAAACCAGAAAAAACGCCUGCAGCAGCUUCUCCAGAGAGCACUCAUUAAUAGUCAAGAAUUGGGAGAUGAAAAAAUCCAGAUUGUUACACAAAUGCUCGAACUGGUGGAAAAUCGGGCAAGACAAAUGGAGUUACAUUCACAGUGUUUCCAAGAUCCUGCUGAAAGUGAAAGAGCCUCAGAUAAAGCAAAGGUGGAUUCCAGCCAACCAGAAAGAUCUUCAAGAAGACCCCGCAGGCAGCGGACCAGUGAAAGCCGUGAUUUAUGUCACAUGACAAACGGGAUUGAAGACUGUGAUGAUCAGCCACCUAAAGAAAAGAAAUCCAAAUCAGCAAAGAAAAAGAAACGCUCCAAGGCCAAGCAGGAAAGGGAAGCUUCACCCGUUGAGUUUGCCAUAGAUCCUAAUGAACCUACAUACUGCUUAUGCAACCAAGUGUCUUAUGGGGAGAUGAUAGGAUGUGACAACGAACAGUGUCCAAUUGAAUGGUUUCACUUUUCAUGUGUUUCACUUACCUAUAAACCAAAGGGGAAAUGGUAUUGCCCAAAGUGCAGGGGAGAUAAUGAGAAAACGAUGGACAAAAGUACUGAAAAGACAAAAAAGGAUAGAAGAUCGAGGUAGUAAAGGCCAUCCACCUUAGGAUUAUUUGUCUUUUCUAUAAUUCGUUUACUUUGAGAAAAUGUUUUAGGGUAAACGCAUAAGACUAUGCAAUAAUUUUUGAUCAUUAGUAUUAAUGGUGUAUUAAAAGUUGUUGUACUUUG